CUCCAUCUGUCCCUCACUACGUCUGCCCUGCUUCCAUCUCACACUCUCUGACGGACAACACACACACACUCACUUGCGCCUUCGACCUCGCUCCGUCACGUUCGUCUCUCCUGCGCUGCUCUGCUGCGCGCCUCACCGCCUCUCGCUGCAUCUCGCGCACGCGCCUCUCGCCUCUCGUCUCGCCGCUCUUGGCGCGCCGACAUCGCACCACCAACGCCACACGCUCUACACGCUCCUUACCUUUCUCCCUCUCACCUAUUCGCGUUUCGCCUGCACAUCGGGCGCCUCUCUCGCAGCAGCUCCACUGCUCAGAGCCCAGCCGGCACUGCGCUCCUGCUCGCUGCGCACCAACCGCCAGCCACUGCCAGCGACUAUGCAGCGCUCUGGCCUCGCUGCCGCCCUCGUGGCGCUCGUUGCUGCGCUUGCGGCUUCGGCGCAGGCCGCGCCGCUCGAGGUGAACGUGGGAGAUGUGCGGACUUGCUCGUCGACCAAGAUCUCGUGGGACACGACGGGCGGCCGCGCGCCGUGGACUGUGACGAUCUUGCCGCUCAACCACGUGCCCACCACCGUCUCGCUGCCCGCCUCGUACAGCAGCGGUGCGGCGUGGUCGUACGACUGGGACGUACCCAACUACGGCGACGGCAAUGAUGGUGAGGUCAUCGUGGCCAUUGCCGACGCCAGUGGCGCCGUCUCUGGCUCCUCCAAGUUCCUCCCAGUGCGCGGAGGAGGCAGCUGUGCGCGCGCGACCGAGUCGCUCGACUUUGUCUGGUUCGGUCCCGACGCCGGACCGAACGAAUGCGGCGCCUGGCCUAUCCGCUGGCAGACGGACCGCGCAAACAACGGCAUUGUCGCGCCCGUCAGCGUCACGUUCGUGCCAGAGGAAGGCGUGCCGUCCACGUACAUUGCCAGCGCAAAGGACACGCGCUUCGACUGGCAGGUCUCUUUCCCGCGCGGCACGCGCUUCACGAUGGUGCUCACCGACCAGGGCAAGAGCGGCACGGGCGGCGUGGGUCUCAAGUACACUGUCGGCGCUGGCUCGCGCAGCUCUUGCUCGCCGAACAAUGCUGGGUUGACGCAGGGCGCGCUGAACGCCGCCACUUCGACGAUCGCAGCGGCGCGUACGGGCGGCAUGACGACGUCGCGUGCACACAAGACGGGCGCGGGCGCCACGCAUCAUGCGACGAGCACGGCGACGGGCACGGCUGAUGCGCUGGAUGGAGAUGCGCAAGCGAGCAAGGGCGGCUCCAACGGCGGCGCCAUUGCUGGCGGCAUUGUGGGCGCACUUCUUGUCAUUGGCGCACUCGUCGCCGGCGUGCUCUACUGGCGACGACGCCGCGCCAAUGCCGAGCAGGGACCGUUUGGCGAUCAGUACCAGACGCCAUGGCGGUACGAGAUCGACGGCGCGCCAGUCGCUGGCGUGCGUCGCAGCCGUCCUGCCUCGAAGCUGUUCGGCGCCCUUGGCGUCGGCUCUUCGAGCUCGGGUGGUUCUCGUCGCGAAAUGCGCAGCGCGAACGACGAUGGCGCCUCCCUCGUGCAGGCGUCGCAGUCGUCGUACUUCGCUACAGCAGCGUAUCCUUCGACGCACAGCAACAUGCAUCGCCGCAGCCCUUCAAGUGGCGACGCGGCAUUCGGCACGCUGUCGUCUGCGAACGGUGGCAUCCUGCCACCGCCGGCUCAGGCUCGCGUGGUGCCGGACGACCAGCUCUUCCCUCCUCCCGCGUCCUCUUCGCCUCCUGCGACGCGCGGCGCGCGAGCCAGUCAGUUCAACGUGCUUGAGCGCACGCUGGAGCGCGAGCGCGAGGCCGCCCGGCUUGCCGAGGAACAGCCCACGCCACGCUCGCCGGCGACGGAUGCGCAGACGCGCGCGGCAAAGACGAGCAUCCACGAUCCGUACACGCACAUCAGCCAGCUGUACGAGCGCGACGAUGUGGCGCGACGCAUGCUGGAGAUGGAGCAGCGCGGCGCUGCCCCGUCGGCUGCCGCUGCAACGACACCACCGGCAGGAACGGGAUACGCGAGUCGUCCACCGGCAAACGCUCAACAGCACCUCGCGCCCGGCGGCAUCGUGCCUCGGCGCAUCGAGAGCGAAGUCCUCAUCGGCGCGCCCUACCCGCAUGCCCAGCAACAGCAGCAGCAGCAGGGCUUCCCGACGCCGCCGCCGCGCUCGCAGCAGCAGGGCGGCCAGGGCGGCUACUUCGGCCUGCCGUCGCAGAACACGCUGCACGCGCCCGGCGCGCAGAGCCAGCCGUGGCAGCCGCAGCAGCACGGCUACGGCGCGAGGGAAGAGAGGGAGAGGGAGAGGCCGAUCAGCAGCGCAAGCAGCGACGGUGGCGGGCUCGCUUACCUUUGAGCAAGCAAGCCUCUCCCUCGACGUCGCAUCACGCCCUUUCAUCUUCGCUCGCUCGCUCUGCCUUCGGUCUCGCCUCGCCCCCGUUGCGUCCUACUCUAUACCGCCAUCGCCACGCGCGCUCGCCCUACUCGUCCCCCUCAUCGCUCCAAAAGCUUCGCUCGACGCAUCGCCUCCUCCUCUCGCUCUCGAUACCCCAAACCAAACAGCUGCACCAGCAAACACGCGCCGGCCGCUGUCUCGCUUGCAUGUACCUGUGCCUUCGCCUUUCUCCUCUCCCUGCGUCUACCGAGACGUGCUUCCUGAUAAAGUAUGAUGUUCUCCUCUCGC